ACAACUCACUGUAAUUACUUUAUUACCUAUAAUUAAUGUAAUAAUGUGUGAAAAUGUUGUGUGAGGUCAGUGGCAGGAGGGCAUGGAUCAUUUCCCGGCUGUGGAAAUUGAGUCAGAGUGGGACUUUGUCCUGCCCUGGUUUAUGACUGGCUAAGAGGAUCGCCCAUCCCAGCAGCAUAAUUCCAUCUGGGUUAAAUAUUUAUACAGAGAGGGAAUGACAUCACUUACCCACAACACAUUCAUUCAGAUGAGAGAGAGAGAGCUACUCUCAGAGAAGUCACACUGAGCCACUCUGCUGCCAGAAGAACAUAAUUUUCUAAUAUUUGUCUUGAAAUAGUAACAUUUGAACAAAUCCGCAAUGAAAUUUUUGCUUUUUGUUUUUGGUGUGAUUCUUACUUUGUGUCAGAUUGGAAGGAAUCCUGCCAGUGCUGGCAUGUGCUGGCUGCAGAAGAGUCAAGACCAAAGGUGUGACAUGGUGCUGAUGAGAGGGGUGACUAGAGAGGAGUGCUGUGCUGGGGGCCGCCUGGAUACCGCGUGGUCCAACACCAGUCUGCCCAUGAAUGAGGUCAGCCUGCUGGGUUUCCUGGGAAUCGUCUCCUGUAAACCCUGCAAAGACACAUGUGAAGGAGUCACAUGCGGCCCAGGGAAGGUUUGCAAGAUGAAGACGGGAAGGCCCCAGUGUGUGUGCUCUCCAGACUGCUCUCACAUUUCCCGGAAGCAUGCUGUGUGUGGCAGCGACGGGAAGUCAUACAGGGAUGAGUGUGCCCUACUGAUGGCCCGCUGCAUGGGAUACCCAGACCUCGAGGUCAUGUACCAGGGAGAGUGCAAAAAGUCCUGCUCCAAAGUGGUGUGUCCUGGAACUCACACCUGUGUAACUGACCAGACCAAUAGUGCUCACUGCGUGAUGUGCCGCACUGUGCCUUGCCCAAUACCCAUGCCAUCCGAGCAGCCCAUCUGUGGCAAUGACAACAUCACUUACCCCAGUGCCUGCCAUCUCCGCCGAGCCACCUGCUUUCUUGGCCACUCCAUAGGAGUCCGUCACUAUGGCCACUGCAACAGUCCCCCAAGGAGAUCUUACAGUUUUGAUGGCAGUGAAGAAAAUGCAGUUUAGAUUCUGGACUUGAUCCUUUUGCAAGGCUGGAGCUGGUCGACAAACUUUUCUGAGUAUGAUACUUAACUUUCCAUGUUGUCCUUUUGACAAUCACUCCCCCUCCUCAUUGUACAUAGAAAAUGAUUAAGAAGACCACUGUUGGAAUUGAUAGGGCUUCUCUCUUGUCAAAAUCAUGUUGACACGAACAUGUUUGUGUUCAUCUACUAAUCUGGAGAAGUGAGGGUAGUCAAGAUACGAGUUUUUGCAGCAAAAUAUACCAUGAGCAUUUCAUGAGAGGUGCCCAUAUUGUAAAUAGAAUACCACUACUAUUUAUUGGAGAACAUAUCAAACAUUAUUUAUGUUUCUAUCCUGUAUACUUAUCCAGUUAUUUUUGGGAAAGCUGAUGCAGAAAAAAAAGAAAAAAGAAAAUGUAUUUAUUGUAGUUUGUUUAUUGAGUACUUAGAAUAGUGGUGGCUGGCAUUGGCAUUUUACACGUUUUUGCAGGUUUUUCAGUCUCCAGUUCCCACAAACAGUUUUCCCUCAUUAGCAGAUGGAAAGUAGCCCAUAUUAGUUCAGAAACGUGAUACAAUUUAACUUGCCAAUGUGGCCGCAAUCCACCACAAGAAAGAAGAGAACUAGAGUUUUAGAGCAUUGUGUACGAAUUUUAGAUUGGGACAGAAGAAGGAAUCUAUACUCGACCUUCCUCUGGAUUAAAAUCUAAACUCUGUCAGUAACACCAUGGGUACAGUCUACGCAGGUCCUCUCAAAUCACUCCAGGCCUGUUUGCUGCUUUGAUUUGCUUAGGAUUUUAAAAGAAUUUCCUGGACAGACAAAUGUGAUUACCAUCACAUUACUGAAAAUAAAAUUGAAUUUGUCUGGGAAUGGAUCAGAGUCAGACCAAAACAUGACACUGAUUAAUGCCACCACCAAAGAUUAUCCAACCAGCUACAAGUUGGCAAUGAUGAACUGAAUAAACAUGCAAAUGCAUUUAUUUUUAAGUGGUCCAAAAAAUGUUUAAUCAGAAGUUAGAGUACUUUGCCGUGUACCUACCUGUGUAAUUACUUACUACUUACUGUGAAAUUUCAAUGAUAAAUGCUUCAACAUAUUUUUGUAUUUUUGUACUGCCAUUUCAAACCAACCAUAAAGUUUAAUAUUUGUCA